AGAGAGAGGGAUUCAUGGGAGGAAAUUAUUUCCUAAAUGCAGAUUCCUGGCUGAGAGGAAUAAAGAGUAAUUGAAUAUAGGCAGUUUAAAAUUACUGUAACUAACAAGAGAGGAGGGAAAUAUUAUGUACUCUGGGAAUGACCUUGGAAGACCAGAAGGGGGUGUGGAAAGAAAUAUGCCUAGAGAACAAUCAGAUCAAAGGGUGAGAAGCCUGCCAUUGAAUAAUAGCUAGACAUUAUGCUCACAACAGAAGUAAGAACAGAAGAAACCACUCAAGUCUUGCUGAGGAAAUUACAGGAAUUUUAGAAGAUGGUUUCUGCCUGGAUUAAAAGACAGUAUUGAAUCUCUGCUUGUUUUGCUUAUAAAAAGUGAAGUUGCCUGUACCAAUAUUCCAGGAAGAAAACGACAGAGGGAUAACAAGGAUUUUGGUUGCUAGUUUUUUUUUCUGAUUUCAUUUUGCCUGCUUAUUAGCCUUCAGAGAUUACAAAAGAACAGAAAGUUAUUUUUCUGGUUUUUAGUAUUUUUGAAUAUGUUUUACACUCUGAAUAAACUUUUUAGACGAGAUAUAGGACUUCAUUAUGAUCAUUCUUGGAAAAACUAUAUAUUUUUUUAGUUUGCCUCCAAUUUUUUUUUCAGGUACAGAGAGAUGUUUUCCAGUCAGAGCUUAUUACUGUAACAAUAUUGCAGUAUUAUUUCUGGCUUUAAAAGAAAUACAGUGUUCAUGUCACUUCAUGAGAUACCAUUGAGGAAUGUAGAGGAAGUUUUAUAUUUUAGCAUUGUGUAACUUAGUUUUGAUUUUGAAUCUUUAAACCACAGACACACCUAUAGAACCAGCUUUAUACUGCAAAUCCAAAUGUGAAAGAUGUCUUGGAAGAGAAAUUAUUUUUCUGUGGGACAGGGUGGUGUGCAAGGCAUGUUUACUCCACGAAAUACAACAUCUAUAGCACCAAGUAAAGGUCUCAGCAAUGAGCCAGGACAAAAUAGCUGCUUCCUGAAUAGUGCACUACAGGUGCUCUGGCAUCUUGAUAUUUUUCGACGCAGUUUUCGACAACUUACAACACACAAAUGCAUGGGAGAUUCCUGUAUAUUUUGUGCCCUCAAAGGUAUCUUUAACCAGUUCCAGUGCAGCAAUGACAAAGUGUUGCCUUCUGAUGCUCUUCGUAGUGCUCUUGCAAAGACCUUUCAAGAUGAGCAGCGUUUCCAGCUAGGCAUUAUGGAUGAUGCUGCAGAAUGCUUUGAGAACCUCUUAAUGAGGAUUCAUUUCCACAUUGCAGAUGAAUCUAAGGAAGAUAUCUGCACUGCCCCACAUUGUAUUUCACAUCAGAAAUUUGCAAUGACCUUGUUUGAACAGUGUGUCUGUACCAGUUGUGGUGCUACUUCUGACCCAUUGCCCUUCAUCCAGAUGGUGCAUUAUAUCUCAACUACUUCACUCUGCAAUCAGGCCAUUUGCAUGCUGGAAAGACGAGACAAACCGACGCCUGAUAUGUUUGGAGAGCUGCUACAAAAUGCCAGCACAAUGGGAGACAUGAGAAACUGUCCGAGCAAUUGUGGAGAAAAAAUUCAGAUACGCCGAGUGUUGAUGAACUCUCCACAGAUCAUCACCAUUGGACUGGUCUGGGACUCGGAUCACUCAGAUUUGGCGGAGGAUGUCAUUCAUAGCCUGGGCACUUGCCUUAAACUGGGUGAUCUGUUCUUCAGAGUAACUGACGACAAAGCAAAACAAUGUGAACUGUAUUUGGUUGGAAUGAUCUGCUACUAUGGAAAACAUUACUCCACCUUUUUCUUUCAAACAAAGAUUCGUAUGUGGAUGUAUUUUGAUGAUGCCCAUGUUAAAGAGAUAGGCCCUAAAUGGAAAGAUGUUGUUACUAAGUGCAUUAAGGGUCAUUACCAACCCUUGCUACUCCUUUAUGCAGACCCAAGGGGAACUCCAGUAUCAACCCAGAAUCUAUCCACACAGGAUUUACCACAGUAUAACAGAACUUAUUAUGAUAGUGAAGAUUCAGGACGUGAACCUUCUAUCUCAAGUGACACUAGAACAGAUUCUUCUACAGACAGCUAUCUGCAUAAACAUUCGCACCAUGAAUCUAUGGUCAGCCACUUUUCUUCUGAUUCUCAAGGAACUAUUAUUUAUAAUGUGGAAAAUGAUGUGGUUUCGCAAAGCAGCAGGGACACAGGUCACCUGACUGAUAGUGAAUGUAAUCAGAGACAUACUACCAAAAAGAGUUCUCUGGCAGACCGUAAGAGAAAUAACAACAGGUCUAGAAAGAAGGGGGAUGAAGCACAGCCAUCUGGAUAUCACAGUGAAGGAGAGACACUGAAGGAGAAACAGGUACCCAGAACUGCCUCUAAAAUGUUGAAUGGUACCAGCAAACUAAGGGAAUUUAAAGAGACAGUUAGCAACAUGAUCCACAGCAGGCCUUCGCAGACGCAUCAGGGCUCCCCUCAUGGGAAGAAUCAGGCUGAAAUCCAGUCACUACCCAGAACUUUGACCAUUCACUCUCAAGACUGGGAAAUAGAGAGCAACAGUAGCGAAUCAAAGUCAAGUUCUUCUUGCAAGUACCGACCACCUUGGAGACCCAAACGAGAGCCGCUAAAUAUAGACAGCAUCUUCAGUAAAGAAAAGAGAAAACAAAGUGGCUAUACCCAACUCAGCCCCUUCGCAGAAGAUGCAGCCAAAGAAUUUAUAGAAGAUGAGCUGAAGGAGCCAGCAUGUGAAACAAAAUCAAGGCGGUCCAACAGGUAUAAACAAUGGACUUUAGGGCGUGGUGCACAUCAGAGAAUGGAUCAGCAUCCUCGUCUGAUCCAAAGGAUGGAAUCUGGUUAUGAAAGCAGUGAUCGCAAUAGCAACAGUCCAGUCAGUCUGGAUAUGCCUUUGUCAGAUAGCUCAAAUACCUCUAGGGAUAUCAAACGAACUGGAGAUAUUAUUCCUGCCUGGCAUAAUAUUCCAAAAUCACAUAGCAGUAGCAUCUUGGAAGUAGAGUCUGCCUCGUCUACAACCUGCAGGAGAAAAAAUAAAUACUCUUUUGGUAAUGGUGGGGAGAUAUUUGUUUCUUCCAAGAGUGAACUAGAUGAAUUACAAGAAGAAGUAGCAAGAAAGGUCCAGGAGCAAGACUUCCAGAGGAAGCAGGAAAAGGAACUAGAGGCAGCCUUGGGCUUUAAUCCCCACCCAAGCAGAUUCAUGGAUCUGGAUGAACUGCAAACUCAAGGGAGGACUGGUGGCUUUGAGAGGCCUAUACAAGAGGCAGAUUCAGUCUUCCAAGAGUCACUGCAUCAAGAGCAGAAGGGAGAUUGUGCUGCAGCUUUGGCUCUCUGCAAUGAAGCUAUAUCUAAACUAAGACUUGCCAUGCAUGAUGUCAGCUCUAGCACUCAGAGCAGAGCUCUAAUCGAUAAGAAGCUGCAAAUCUAUGUCCGAAAAGAGCGGAGCCUUCAGGAUCGCAUGCAGCAACAGCAACCUGUACAACCGCCACCCACCUGCCACCCACCACCGGGCGGCAACAUGACCCAAACUACAAGUAAACAGACUAUCCCACUCCAAGUACUGCUGAAACAGAAGAGAGUGCUGGAACCUAGCCAAGGAGCAGCACCUGGGUCAAGGUCCUCCGUCCAUCCACUUGCUUCCCAUCCUGAAAAGAAAUCCUAUUCCAAACCCACAUUCCAACCUCUUCUUGAGAACAGACUGAACUUUCAAGCUGCGUCUGUUACUUUCAGUGACCAAGCUGCUACUUUUUCUUAUAGACAACCUGGUAGUGACCAGUCCAUUCAGACUAAGACUGAAAUUGAUGGUGAUGUGAAACUUGCUUCUCCUAGCACUUUAAAAGAUUACGAAGAUCACAACAGUAACAUUAAGGUCAAGAACCUACAUAAUACCGGAUCCCCUCUCACCUCCAACUGCAAAAUGAAUUUAACUAUAACAAACUCUGAAUCAUUACCUACACUCUUCCCCUCUUCACCACCAUUGGAAAGUCCACCUGACAAAAAAGGCCAAUCUAAUCAGCUUUUCAAUUCAGGAAGCAUUUCAGAAUGGCCUAGUGCUGCUCCACCUGGGGACUAUCAUGGUGCAAUACUGCCUUCUCUUCCCCCUCUGCCUCAUUAUGCUCCAGAAGAAUUAAAGAUGACUGGGCAACUUGGGGGUUUACAUCAUCCACAAGAACUUGUCAGUGGGGAUUCUUUGAAAUCUGAAGGUGUAAGUAGCAAAAGGCCUGUUCUUUCUAUUGCAGAACAGUUUCAAUGGUUGGAGGGAAAUUUCCAAAGGCUAGAUAAAUAUGAGGAAAAAAGGAAGGCAGCUACCUGUCAUGAUCAAAAUACUCCAAAGUUACAGCAGGAAUCCUACAGUAGUCCUUUUUACCUCAAGCUGUCAGAUGUUGGAAGACAGGAGAAUGGAAUUGCACCUGCUGAAACGUUGGACACAAGUCCAAAAACAAAAUACACCAAUUACAGAAAUCCUGCUGGCUCGAUUUCAUCUGUGGCUAUAGAGAGCUGCACAGAUCAUGUUAACAAUUUUAGCACAGCAGUAACUCAGCAUAAGAAUGCCAGUUGUCUUUUGAUACCUGGAAACAAAUCACCUGUGAUCAGUCAAAGAGCUUUUGAGGACUACCCAGUGCAGAAUCAGGAAACAGUACAGGAGGUUUCUGAGCUGGAGUCUCUGUACCAGGCCAGCAUGCAAGUUCCUCUGUUGAGAAAUCUGGACAAUUCCAAGCUGGCACUGAACAAAACAGCAAACUUGCCUACAAAAAAGAUGUAUAGGGGUCUGUCAAGAACAGCAGAACCUGAAAACAACAUCUGUGGAAAUAUGAGUUCUCCAGAUCCUAAGAUACAUGUGCCAUGUACUGGCCAGGAGCCAGAAGAGGAAACCUACAGUCCAGAGAACUUCCGUCGCAUUGCACGCAGUCUCAGUGGGACAGCCAUCACAAGCAGAGAAGAGAAACUUGCUUCUUCUCAGAAUUUUGAAGCGUCCAAUGAGAGGAAACUACCAGUAGAAGCCAGGUCCUAUUCUUCCAGCACUACUUCUCUUUCCUUCCCUCCCAAUUUGCCUCCUGUGCUCCCCUUCUAUCCUCAACUCUCUUCACCUGAGCUGCAGCAUUUCUCCCAUGAUGCUCCAGUGAUUAGUAUGGUGGGCAAGAUGCAAAGACAAUCAGGAAAUCAGAAUAAUAUCCCAAAGUGUCUAACUGUGCCAGACAGGAAUGCAGCUUUCCACACAGAAGAUAAAUCAUGCAUGCCACUGAAUUAUGGGAACCCCAUUACCAAACAGGACCACUCCUCACAAAGGCAAACAUCUUUGAAUAUAUUUUUAGACAGUGGAACAUCAAAUGCUUCCAACCACUGGCUACAGAGAAGUCAUGCUGGCCAAGAGCUAGCAGCAGCAUCAGACAGUGAAGCAGCACACGGGGAAUCUCCCAUCCAGAUGAGCGAGGACUCACAAGAGUCUCUGCCCCAAUGGCCGUUGGCUCUUGGUGCUCUAGGCUGGCGGCAGUCUCCUGGCAGGAGUUAUGGGACAGUCUCACGUGGGGCUUCAAGGCACAAAGGCUUUCAGAGUUGCUUUCUGAUUUCCCAGCAAGCCAAGGUCCGAGGCCCAAAGCGUGUCGAUAUGCCCCCGGAUGAAGACUGGCGACAGCACACCUUUACUCCACAGCCGGCCAUAAGAAGCUUCUUUGUCCACUCUGGAAAUGCCCUGUAAAAUCCUGGGUCGUGCAGCAGUUGCGUCCAUGCACAGCUAUGACUGCUGAGAUGGCACCCUUCUGUUGGGCUACUACUUUUGAAAGGGGCUCUUGUCUGAACUGAAGAUACUGAAAUGCAAUUGAUAAUAAGGUAGUGAGAUUUUUUUUUCAACUAGUUGUUGCCAGUUUUGUCUUUAAAAUAGUUAUGAUUGCCGAAAACUAACUGCACUUUAUUUCUUUGUAUGUAUUGCUGUUUUAUAACAACCUUUUCAGCAAUUCCAUUCCUAACCUUUUGCUAUAAGAAAUGCUCAGUUGCAGUAGAACAGAGGGCAAGAUUUGCAUUUGGAUUAAAAUUAAAUCCUCUUGAUGUUUUCUAUAGGCUGUAUUUGGUGAAUUUAUGUAUCAUGUUAAGUAGCACUAGAAAGCCCAUGUGCCAAUUUUCAAUUCAGUGUUAUGUUCUUCUGCUCCAUUAUAUGCUGGGGGGAAGAUUUCAGACCUUUCUAAGAAUUGGCCAUGUUCAUAAUGUAAUAGGACACAGGCACAGAGGACUCCUAUAUAUGGGACUCCUAGGGUGGGAGCGGUAAGAAGAUAUGGCACCAGCCCAUUUUUCAUUUUUUUCAAAGUAGACUACUAGGAUUUGAAGUAGCACGUUUAAUAAACACAGAAUCACUGUAACUAUUUUAGGGUCUGACAUACUUGCCUUUGUAAGUUUUUCAAAGAAAUAAAUGAAAUAGUUAUGUUUAUUGAAUGAUUAUUAAUUGCUUUCUUAUUUUCAGAAAUGUGUUUCCCAAAUUGGAGUAUUUCUUUCAUUGCUCAUUUUUUUCUCUUUGUGGUAUUAAAUAUUUUAUGGGUUGACUUUUAUUUUGUGAAUCUAGCUAAAGUAAGGCAAUUUAUGUGUUUUAUAAGAUUAUGAUUUACAGUAGAUUGUGAAUGAUGCAGACAAUUUAAAGGCCCUGUUAAAGAAGUUAGUGUCCUCAUCCUGUUUUUCAUUCUUUUUAAGAUUGUCUUUGCUUAACUGAAAGGAACAUAGAGUAUAAUUGUAGGUGUGUCAGGAAAGCGACAGCUCAAAAUGACAGACAGGUCAUAGCAGAGAGCUCUGACAAAACGUGAUCCACUGGAGAAGAAAAUGGCCACCCACUCCAGUAUCUUUGCCAUGAAUAGCCCAUGGACAGUACCAAAAGGCAAAAAAAUAUGACACUGGAAGAUGGGCCCCUCAGGUCGGAAGGUGUCCCAUAUGCUACUGGGAAAGAGCAGAGGGCUAGUAGCACCAGAAAGAAUGAAGCGACUGGGCCAAAGCUGAAAGGAUGCUCAGCUGUGGAUGUAAUCCGUUGAGCCCCAAAAAUCCAUGUAUAAUAUCAAAAAAAAUCAUCUCACUUUUUUUUUGAAGAGCACUAGAGCUGCCAUCCUAGAUUUUGCCAGUUGGUUGAAGCCC